GCGAGCUUACCGUCAUUGUACAUACAAUUACACUGCAUGUGCUCCAUGUUUUGUUUCUAGACCCUUUUUCUGUCGUUGUCUUUGCCUUUCUUGUAUUUCUGUGCUUUUCUCUACGGUCACCACUGUUUACGAACUCGGCUCCCUCGGUUGAGGUCCCCUUUCACCGUCAUCUUUCUUAAAUCGACUAUUCCGCUAGUUCUUACGAUAGUUGGUUCUGUGUUUCGAAACAAAUGCUCGAGGCAUGGUGACGUCAAAACUUACCCUCUAGGACAUCUUGCACUCGAAUGUCUAUAAGCUUAAUCGAGCACGUGCAGCUUCAAAUCACAAAAAACCUGUCCCACGACGACUAGACUCCCACCUGCGCCCUGCGACGAGAUGCUUCUCCUCCAUCAAGUCGGCAGCCUCAAGACAGGCGAAGUCGUUCGAUAUACCAUAACAUACAUACCAUCUCAAGACCGGAUCUUACCGUCACCUGAGAAGCUCUUCCUGCGCGUACGCAACACCUCGGCCAUCGCCCUCCGAGCCGCUUUCGUCCACGGACCAUAUACUCUUUCCGCCGCCGCUUACCCCGCUGCAUUCAACCCCAACGAGAAGUUUGAAUAUCCUGAGCGUUAUGGAGUGCCAGAGUUUGAGCCCAUGGUCAAGGCGGGUGGUUCUUGGGAAUGCGAGCUUGUGGUUCCGGUUACAAUCCGACAGAGUGCUGGGUUAGGAAGUCAUGGAGGCUUUGGAAAGGCGCCAGAGCAUGAUCAUGAAAGCGCCAGUUGGAUUGUUGAGGUCUCUUCACAGAUUCUGUUCUCGACUUCUGCUGCUGUUGGGUUCGAGGUUGUGUUGGCUCGUGACAAGAAGUCUUUAAGCCUCAGCAACUCGAGUCCUGUGGUCGGUGGACAAUCCCAAGUUCCUCAGCCUGGAAAGAUCAGCGACUACCAACAAGGCGUGGAGGCCAAAGAAGGACAUCAUUCUGCGCAGCCACGAGGUGUCUUUUCUCGCGCGAUACAACUCAAGGUCGAAGAUACUGCAGCAUUGUGGAAUACCCCUAGACUUCCAGGCUGGGAUGACAAAGGAGAAGGGCGCGCUGAAAAGCGUUCAGGUGCAGAUCAGCAUGUAGAAAGUGUCGUCAAGACUGGCGAUCCCGAAACAAAAGGCGAUGAAUCAAAACCAGAGAACCCCAAAAAGAAACAGAAAAAGGUCCACAUGGUGGUUCUGACACAUGGUCUGCACAGCAAUCUUGGCGCAGAUAUGCUCUUCAUGAAAGAGAGCAUUGAUGCAGCUGUCAAGCAAGCCAAGAUCGAUGCCAAGGCACGGCGGGCCCGGGAACGAGCCGCGAGGAAGAAAUCAGGCAAUGGUCUUGUCGAAUCAGAUUCUCACGACACAAAGGACAUGGACAAAGUGGAGGGUGAAGACCAUGAGGAUGACGAUGAUGAAGAGGUUAUUGUUCGUGGUUAUUCAGGCAACUCGACGAAAACUGAGCGAGGAAUUAAGUAUCUCGGGAAGAGGCUCGCUAGAUACGUCCUGUCCAUGACAUACCCAGAUCAGCCAUUCCUACCGACAGGGAAAGGAAUGACUGAUGCUAUAACUCACAAUUUUGAUAAGCACGAUCCCCAGCAGAAACCGGUACACAAACACAGUACUAUUCAUCUCAGCAAGGAUGGGGCACAUCUUCACAAGGCGGAACGUCCAUACAAGAUUACGAGCAUAAGUUUUAUUGCUCACUCUCUUGGUGGUCUUGUUCAGACAUACGCCAUUGCAUAUAUACAAAAACACUCACCACAGUUCUUCGACCUCAUCAAGCCAAUCAACUUUGUUGCUUUGGCUACACCAUUUCUGGGUCUGAGCAACGAAAAUCCUUUAUACGUCAAGUUUGCUCUGGACUCUGGUCUCGUUGGCAGGACAGGGAAGGAUCUUGGUCUGACAUGGAGAGCUCCGACACUUGCACGGAGUGGUUGGGGUGCUAUUGUGGGAAACUUGGGCGAGACGGCGCAUAAGAAGGUUUACGGGGAGACACAACCUGAGUCAAAACCGCUUCUAAGAAUCUUACCGACUGGCCCUGCACAUACCGCGCUGAAGAAGUUCCGAAACAGAACUGUUUACUCCAACGUGGUCAACGAUGGAAUUGUACCACUUCGCACAAGUUGUCUUUUGUUCCUGGACUGGCAAGGACUCGGGCGUGUUGAGAAAGCUCGACGAGAUGCUGGCUUGGUCGAAACAGUCGUUGGAUUCGGAUGGGCUGAGUUGACAGGUACAAAUCAGGCUCGCCAGAAGCAACUUGGAAACGGCUCAGCAGGACAGUCUGGUACUUCAUCUCCUCAGACUCACGAAAAUAUGCGCGAGGUUCCACAGCCACCAAGCACGGCUAUGGUUGAUGAUGACAGAGCGAGUCUGCGUUCUGUGGCAACGCCAUAUGGUGAUGAGGUACCGUCUGACUCUGCUGAUUCAACCAACAGCGGACCAUUAGCGGGAUUCUUCAACUUCUUCAAGAGUAAUGAGCCUCCAAAGCCUCCUAGUGUGUCGCAGAGGCAGAAGAAGAUAUAUUCCAAGAGUCAGACUCUCAAGCUCGAUGAAUCAGCCGAUGGCAGUGUUGAUACUGCUUCUGAGGCUGCUUCGACUAAACAGUCCAAGGUUACAACUGGUCAUGACGGCGAAGAUGAGAUGACUGCUCCUCCAAGAACGACUAUCUUUGAAUCUGCUGGCGAUCUGCUCAACCCCAAGGUACCCGAUGUUGAGUACCUGAUCGAUCCAUCCAAGCGGCCGCGAACUAUUUUCCACGAUCGUGUUUAUCACCCAGCUGAUAUACCUGGUCCACCAUUGAAGAGACGUCCUACUACAUUGGUCAGGAGGAAGACGGGCCAACGACAGAACUCGAUAGGACAGGCCUCUACCAGCAGCGCGGAUUCGUCGCCUUAUCCUCAUGUGAACCAUGAGGACAGUUCAUUGUCAGCUAAAGACUACGAUGAUACAGCGAACACGAAUCCCGAUAAAGAUAUUCAUGAAGUUAUCGACACUUCAAACAUGCGAGUUGAGGAGAAGAUUGCAAGAGCCUACCACAAGGACCUGUCUUGGAGGAAGGUUCUUGUAAAGGUUGAGCCCGAUGCUCACAACAACGUCCUGGUCCGCCGCAUGUUUGCCAACGCGUAUGGCUGGCCUGUCAUCAAGCACUUGGUCGAUGCCCACUUCAGCGACUCGGCGGCCUCUCGUCUUCGCGACGAGGACGAACACGGCCGCGAGCGGGCCCGCAACAUGAACGAGCCUCCUGACGAGCACGGAGCCGAGCUCAAGAAGAGUCGAGACAACUUAGCAAGUAUGACUCGAACAGAUAGUGAGUCUCGGGAAGCUAUGGACAAAGUAUCGGAUCUUCCGAAGCCACAGCAGUCCCAAAGAGGGAGCGACGCAUCAACGCACCAGCGGCCAAAGACGGAACGAGCGGACUCUGUGACGUGGAGCGAGCGAGACUGGCACGAUAGCGACUGUGAUAGUGAUCUUGAUUUUGGAGGUGAUCUGCCUGCGCCAACGUCCCCAUCGGCGCUUCAUCAGCAGGACAAGGGCAAAGAGGCGCAGGGGCCGUCGGGCGGGUGGAACUGGGCGGAGAAGAUUGUGGGCAAGGGAGCUUCACGGGCGAAGAGUCCCGUGCAUGGAGCUAAAGAUGAAUAAGUCUGGGCUUUUUAAAGGUGCACAUUGUAUUGUACGACUAUGGAUUCAGAAGAGAUGGGAGUUCAUACAGGAUAGAAGGGGCAUUGAAGCGCAGCGAGUCGAUACCACGACAAUGAAUCUAGAGACAAUUGAUCAAUACACGAAAUACCAAUUCCAAUUCGUAUACGUGUCCUAGGACUUGCCCGCAAAAGCUCAAAGAUUUAGCUCGGAGCUUGAAGAAGCAAAGCUGUAGGUCUCAGUUCCAAUGUCUCAGGUACCAAACAUCUGGGAGCACCAAUCGAGCAAUUGUAGCACCAAAAAGGCAAACGGGGCUUGAGUCAAAGAAAAUCUCCAUGAUGCGAACUAUGGGGAAGUGGGCAGACAGAUUCUGUAGGCUAAAGACUGUCAAGAGUCGCCCUGCAUAAAGAGGCUUUUGGGAGUUGUUCGCUAUGGGAUGUUAGAGCGUUGGGAUCGAGAUCUGUUUAAGACAUGGCUCGAGUGAUGAUGGGAACAUGAUGGAUAUUUUUUCAGGGGAAUUCGAGUUGUUCGAUUGUGUAAAGUCUGGUUAUUUGGAAGGAUUUGCUUCUUGAGAAGGGUCUUGUGAAUAUGCAUGUUUAACAAGGGACAUCUGAUAAGGUUCAGCAUGUCUUCAC